GGCAACUAGUGUGCCGAAAGGAACAUACCCUUCAAAUGAAUAGUUGUGCAAUAUCUUAUAAGAGGCAUCAUGCACGGGGUUGUCCUCUAUCAUCUCAAGUCCUUUGUGACAGUUACUUUCAUUUGGCCACGCGCCGUUUUCCAAAAUUUCCACACUCUUUUGCAAAUUUCCUUUACGUUCUUUUUUUUUUGAUAGUGAAUCUGGAACCGAGGUGUAUCAACUCUCUUUUCCCAUUUCCCGUAUACCUCUCAUAACUCCUAUCUGCAUUUCGGAAUAACGUUCUCUACUCCGCUACCUCGACAUGUACAUUUCAACACUUCUUACUGCCUUCCUGGCUAGCACAGUUGGCGCUUGGAUGCCAGGUGGUGAGAAAGAUCUCCGUUCAGAAGAUGGUGUAUCUCUCUUCAACCCAGAAGCGAAACAUCCCACGGCCCGUCGCUGGACUCCAGCAUCCGGCAAGAUUCGAGGUGUGAAUCUCGGAUCUCUUUUCGUCUUCGAGCCAUGGAUUGCUGAAACCGCAUGGUCAGCUAUGGGUUGCGGUCCGUACCAGUCUGAAUUCGAUUGCGUGGCUGGUUUGGGACAAGCAAAAGCUAACGCUGCAUUUCAAAAUCACUGGAAGACUUGGAUCAAUGCUAAUGAUAUUGCACAAAUGGCAAGCUUCGGUAUCAACACAAUUAGAAUCCCAGUCGGAUACUGGAUGAUGGAAAGUUUGGUUUAUGCCGAUAGUGAACACUUUCCUCAAGGCGGUUUCCAGUAUCUUGAGAGUAUUUGCAACACGGCUGCUAAUGCCGGAUUCUUCAUCAUUAUCGAUAUGCAUGGAGCUCCUGGAGCGCAAGUUGCAAGUAACCCGGAUUCAGGACAAUAUGCCUCGACUCCCGGAUUCUAUGCUGAUUAUCAAUAUGCUCGUGGAGUACAAUUCCUCUCUUGGCUCACAACAAAUAUUCACAAAAACCCUGCUUUCAGAAAUGUUGGAAUGAUUGGUAUUGUGAACGAACCAGUCCAAGAUGCUGGACAGGCUGCGGGUAUGAUUUCGCAAUUUUACCCCGCGGCAUACAAGGCCAUUCGAGCUGCUGAAGCAGCGGCAGGUGUACAGCCGAACAAUUUCUUGCAUGUUCAGGCUAUGGAUCAAGGAUGGGGCUCUGGAGAUCCAAAUGUUGGUCUGGCUGGGGGUGUUUCUUUGGCUUAUGAUGAGCAUCGCUACCUUAAAUGGUCCAACGUGGCCGUCUCCCAAACCGCCUACCUCCAAUCCUCUUGCACAUAUAAUCCUAUUUCCAGCACCGGUGGCCCGACAGUCGUAGGAGAGUUCUCUCUUUCUCCUCCAGACAACGUACAAGAUACAGCGGGCUGGACGACAUCUACUCAGGGUGCAUUUUACAAAAAAUGGUUCGAGGCACAAGUCAUGGGAUAUGAGAACCACGCAUUAGGAUGGAUUUUCUGGACUUGGAAGGCACAGUUGAAUGAUUACCGUUGGAGUUAUCUGGAUGCGGUAAACGCGGGAGUUAUUCCAAAGGAUUUGAAUAGUGUGGCUGGAAGUGGUGCUUGUAACGGUUUCUAGAGAGGAGAGAGUGAAAGAAAGGGGGAUACGGCGGAUUUUUUGAAUGGCGUUGGAAAGUUGAAAUCGUAUUCAAGGGUGGGGUUGGUGCAUUCCGAGGGGAUGAAUUUUUGCGAUCGCAUUUCCGUUUGAAAUAGCUUCAUGAUACUCCGUACAUCUUGAGUCGCUCGAAGUUUACAAAUUCUUGAUAAUAUCAUAAUCAUUGAUACCUUUUUAGUAAUUCAUACAAUUAUUUCCAUUCAUCUCAUGUAACUAGUCACCUUC